CCGAGUGACGAGAGGGACCCCGACGAGCCGCAGAUGCAGACGCCCCCGGGAAACCCGCUGGUGGUCCCCCACACCCUGCCGGAGCUGCUGGGCAAAGACACGGUACAGGUGGAGCUGAUCCCGGAGAAGAAGGGUCUGUUUCUGAAACAUGUGGAGUACGAGGUUUCCAGCAAGCGUUUCAAGUGCUCCGUGUAUCGGCGAUAUAAUGACUUUGUGGUCUUUCACGAGAUGCUUCUUCAGAAGUUCCCCUACCGGAUGGUCCCGGCUCUUCCGCCCAAAAGGAUGCUGGGGGCUGACCGCGAGUUCAUCGAGGCCAGGCGUCGAGCAUUGAAGCGGUUCAUCAACCUGGUGGCGAGGCACCCUCCGUUCUCCGAAGAUGUCCUGCUGAAGCUCUUCCUCUCCUUCAGUGGCUCGGAUGUGCAGAACAAACUGAAAGAGCUGGUCCAGGGCGUGGGGGACGAAUUCCUGAUCUGCAAGUUUGCCACCCAAGCCAAGGAUUUCCUGCCCGCCGACAUCCAGCUCCAGUUCGCGGCCAGCAGGGAGCUGAUCCGAAACAUCUACAACAGCUUCUACAAGCUGCGGGACCGGGCGGAGCGGAUCGCUGCCCGAGCGGUCGACAACGCCGCCGACCUCCUCAUAUUCGGCAAGGAGCUGAGUGCUCUUGGCUCCGACACGACCCCGCUCCCUUCCUGGGCCGCUCUGAACAGUAGCGCUUGGGGGAGCCUCAAGCAAGCCCUGAAAGGCCUGUCGGUCGAGUUUGCGCUUCUUGCGGACAAAGCAGUCCAACAGGGUAAACAGGAAGAGAACGAUGUGGUGGAGAAGUUGAACCUUUUCCUGGACUUGCUGCAGUCCUAUAAAGACUUGUGCGAGAGGCACGAGAAGGGGGUCUUGCACAAGCAUCAGCGGGCCUUGCACAAGUACAGCAUGAUGAGGCGACAGAUGAUGAGCGCCGCCGUCCAGAACAAGGAGCCGGAAACCGUGGAGCAGCUGGAGUCCCGGAUCGUGGAGCAAGAGAACGCCAUUCUGACGAUGGAGCUGCGGAAUUACUUCUCCCUCUACUGCCUGCACCAAGAGACCCAACUGAUCCACAUUUACCUGCCGGUCACCUCUCACAUCCUGGGGGCUUUCGUCAACUCGCAGAUCCAAGGCCACAAGGAGAUGAGCCAAGUCUGGAACGAACUGAAGCCCAAACUCAACUGCCUCUUCGUCGGAUCCGGCCACCCGCCGACGUCGCCCUUUGCGCUCCGGGAAGACACCUUCUUUUCGAGUUAA